UCGCGGGCCGUUGCUAAGGGCGGGGAGGCGGCGGAGCGGAUAGCGAAGCUGAGCGCACACCGAUGGGAGCUGUUGGUGGAGCAGCGCGAGGCCCCAGGGCAAUUCAACUGGAACAUUGACCCAAGCACUGAAACUUGGAUCUUUAAAGACUUAGUAUAUUCCUAGCCUUGAAGACCAAGUGACACUGGUUCAAAAUGAGUGCCAUGCUGGAAACCCCCGAGCUGCCGGCAGUGUUUGAUGGGGUGAAGCUGGCUGCAGUUGCUGCUGUUCUCUACAUUAUUGUUCGCUGCUUGAAUCUAAAGAGCCCAACUGCCCCUCCGGAUCUCAUUUACCAGGACACUGCACUGUCCCGCUUUCUGCUCAAAUCCUGCCCGCUGCUGACCAAAGAGUACAUUCCACCCCUGAUCUGGGGGAAGAGUGGACAUAUCCAGACUGCUCUCUAUGGGAAGAUGGGGAGAGUGAGAUCACCACAUCCUUAUGGGCUUCGCAAGUACCUCACCAUGUCAGAUGGAGCCACAGCAACCUUCGACCUCUUUGAGCCGCUGGCUGAACACUGCAUUAGAGAGGAUAUCACAAUGGUCAUCUGCCCUGGAAUAGCGAAUCACAGCGAGAAGCAGUACAUCCGCACCUUUGUUGAUUACGCCCAGAAAAACGGCUACCGGUGUGCAGUCCUGAAUCACCUAGGAGCACUGCCAAAUAUUGAGCUCACCUCUCCCCGCAUGUUCACAUAUGGUUGCACCUGGGAAUUUGGAUCCAUGGUUAGCUACAUCAAAAAGACCUACCCACAGACCCAGUUGGUUGUGGUGGGCUUCAGCUUGGGUGGGAACAUUGUGUGCAAGUACCUCGGAGAGACCCAGGCCAACCAGGAGAGAGUUCUGUGCUGUGUCAGCGUGUGCCAGGGGUAUAGUGCGCUGCGGGCACAGGAAACCUUUAUGCAAUGGGAUCAGUGUCGAAGGUUUUAUAACUUCCUUAUGGCAGACAACAUGAAGAAGAUCAUCCUCUCUCACAGACAAGUUCUGUUUGGAGAUCAUGUGAAGAAGCCCCAGAGCUUAAUGGACACAGACCUGAGCAAACUCUGUACAGCUACAUCCCUCAUGCAGAUUGAUGACAGCAUCAUGAGGAAAUUCCAUGGCUACGAUUCCCUGAAAGAAUAUUAUGAAGAGGAAAGCUGCUUGCAUUACCUACAUAGGAUCUAUGUUCCCCUGCUGCUAGUUAAUUCUGCUGAUGACCCUCUGGUUCAUGAAAGCCUGUUAUCAAUCCCAAGAGGUCUUUCAGAAAAACGGGAGAACGUCAUGUUUGUGCUGCCACUGCAUGGUGGCCACCUGGGCUUUUUUGAGGGGGCUGUACUCUUUCCUGAACCCCUCACUUGGAUGGAUAAGCUUGUGGUGCAGUAUGCCAAUGCCAUCUGCCAGUGGGAGAAGAACAAGUCCCAGUGCUCAGAUACAGAGCAAGCGGCAUCUGGCCAGGAAUAAUUGCCCCAAAGACUCUCCAAAUCACUUCACCAUCUCUUCCUCUUCAGGAACUUUUUGUUCCCUCACCUGUUGUUUCAAGAUUUUCCAUCCUCUUGGAUGUCCUAGGACUGGGGUUUGACCACAAUGUUUCCUUCUGAAGUGAAGCUACAGCAGAGGGCGAUAUCUGGUUUGAGCUUCUGUGUAUGGGGGGGGGGGUGUGCGUGUGUGUGUGUGUGUGUGUGGUGUCAUUCUGGGUUUACAGUGCCCUGUUCUGUGUGGAGAUUUGUGCUGCUGUCUGGUUUGCUUCAGGGUUCUCCAGUUAAUUGAUUUGAUGGUCAGACCAUUGCUGGUCAGAACUUCGAGGGCACUGCAGUUCUUGUUUAGCUGGGGGUCAUGUGUCGAGAGCCAGGUUUUCCCCUGUACAAUAACACCAUGUUGCAUUAUUGGGAGUGCCCUGCAGCAGUCCAUAGACAGCAGCACUUCAGUCUGUAAGUUGCUGGGACGUGGCUUGGAAAAAAAUAAAUAAAAGGGAAGCACCUGAACUGCGAGUAGAGUUCCAGCCUUGCACCUUCUCACAAGGGGGUCUUUCCAGGAAUGCACUUACCAGGAACUGUAUGUUUGGAAAGAUCCAGACCUUCAGCUGCUUGUAGAGUGGGAUGUGUUAGACCAUAUCUGCAUUGCUUUUCCGCUGGGUUCUGCAUAGAAAUGAGCUUCAAGUUGGUCAUUCCAAUGGAUUUCCGGCUGUACAAACACAUUCUCUCACCAAGACUAAACAAGUAGCCUUCAUGUGAUACUUGCCUUUUUUUUCUAGUGUUGAGUUGAAUUUUUUAGCAUUGGACCUCUGUAUUUUAACCCAGGCCUUUUUUAACUGGUUCUCAUUUAAUGAUUGGGACCCAGUAAUGAUCAAUCAAUGAAGCCUAUCUGUUUUGUUAUAGUAUUUUUCAUAGCGAAUUAACACUUUCUUGGGGGCCUUUUUUAUGGAGAAAACAUAUCAGUUCUUGCAUUUUCUGUCCCCUUCUUGUACAUGCCAGGGUAAAAUGUUCCAAAAUCCCUCCCCUGAAUUUGUAGAGUACAGAAAGAGUUUCUUCAGCCACGUGACUUGCCUCAGAAUGGAUGGGAAUCGGAGUUCUGUACCCCUGUUGAAACUAAAAAGUUAUCUCUACAUGGCUAACUGCCUCCAGCUCUUGGUAUAUUGGGUUGCCUGGUUCAACCAGGCACUAGUGCCCUCCUUGCUCCAGUUACUCUUCCCUAGGGGAACAUUCACUUUUUACUUACUGCACCAAGUGAAGUGUGAACACCUAUAAGGAGGGGAGAGAGAGUCCCUUGUGCUUCCUGUUCCCCUCCUCUCCCCAUCCCCACUCCCCCUGUCCACUAUUCAGUCACGGGUACUGUGCCCAGAGGGCUUUUAUGAUGGGCUAUAGUCUCUAUCCUGGAAAGAAAGCUUCCCCAUGACAAUCAACGAUAAAAGAAACAAUCUGGCCAGGGAACUUUGUGGUCAAACUUUUUUUUUCUGCUUUUACUUUCAGAUCCUUCUCCAUCUUCUCAUGAAUCCAUCUUGGUGACUACUUCUUUCUUCAUUUUUGUGCCACGGUUCUCGCUUCUGUCAGACAUCCUGCACCAGAUAGCACUUUAGUGCUUUAGCCUUGGUUUUGUGUUCUAGAUACUAUAGUUAAUAGUUUAAAGAGAAAACAUCCUGCUGAAUUUCAGGUCUGCAACACUAAUGAAAUAAGCUUCCUGGUCCACAUUAUCCCUGAACUUCAGUAGGUUGGAGAUUUAAGUCUUUUUUUUUGCUUGUUUGUUUGUUUUAAUAAAGCAAUAACUAACUACUGUAGCAAAGAUGCAUUUAUAUCAGGAAACAAACUCUUCAGUUUGCCUUAGGCCAGCCACCUUGGCCUGUUACAACAAACUGUGGUAACCUGCACACUGUCCUGUGUGGAGAAAUUCAGGUUCUACUCUUGUCCUAUAAGCAGAAGAAAGAAAUGACCAAGCAAAGCCAUGUCGAGAUUUGGCCACACUUGUGGCUGCUCCUUUAAGGAAUGUUUCAGGGUAUUGGUUAGCAAGAGUGUCCUUGGUUUGGGGGCUUCUUGUCUUUUUGUACUCAUCCUUUUGGUCACAUGGCAUCUGAAAACUACCAAAAUGCAUCAGGCAGGGCAUUCAGACUUUGACUGUGUCCCAAAUGAAAUAGCUGUUUUAUAUAAAUAUUCAUGGGUCACAGUUUAAAGCAUCUCCCACUUCAGUAGAAGUGUAGUGUAAGAAACGCCUGUAUGUAUUGAAACAAAGUAGAUAAAUGUGUGGGGACUUCAUCUUCAGCUCCUUGGGUUAGAGCUCUAGAAGUGCUUGCUCUUCUUAGGAAAUUCUACUAUUUAUAGGUUACACAGGUCACCAGCUAACUUUUUCUUCCAAGUGCCAGGCUGCCCUUUCCCCACAGAUUUGCUAAUUCUCCACAACGUCACAUGCAUUUAUUUCUCCAAAUCCAGUUUAGCUGCAAAUAGAACAAGCAGUAACUCAACUAUUCUAGAGGAGCAGGAUUGUCCUUCCUCCUGGUCCCACACUUGAAGCUUUGAAGAGCAGACAAAACCCAGGCUUCAGCAUAAGGGGAAGAUGUUUUCUUGCUUCAAAAUGUACCUUAAGAAUUACAUCUAAAAAAAAAAAAAAAAAUGGAAAGAAGAAAAAGAAAAAAUCCUUCAUUCCAGUGUAGUUAAACUCUUUUUUUUUUUUUUUUCAGGAGCUCUUAAUUAAAAAUCCCUUCUUGUAACACUUCCAUUCAUUGGCCACAUGGUCUGGAGUGUACAAAGCUUCAGCUGUUGGUAACUUGUGACCACCUAAGGUGCAAAGGGAUUGCCGCUUCAGACAGGCUUGUUUUUGAGAGCUCCUGUUUUGUCACUCAGAAGUAUGAUGGGUUUCUAGCAGCGUGGCUCAUAGUAGGGUAAUGAAAUUAUCUCCCCAAGUGUUUAGGGAGCAUUGUCAAAGAGAACGGUCUGUCCUUGGAGAUGGUUGGGGAGGUUUUGAUUUGGAAACUACUCCAUGCUUUGUAGAGAGGUCUAUUCUUGGUUUCCUACGUCCUGGCAUGUGAGAGAGAAUGGUAUUACCUUUGUCUCCAAGUAUGCUGGUGUACACUCCAGCUGAUUUUGUUGGUUGACCAGCCACCUGCCAUGUCUACAACAGGAUGAGUAGGUGUGCUUGAGUGAGAAAAUUGUCCGUAUUGCUGGAAUUUGCCAUUUGUCCAGCCGAACUGGGUGGUCAGGAGAUCCUGCUUUCAGAGAAGCAUAGAAGAAACAGACUUUUUCAGGAAAUGCACUCUUCUGCUAUAGGGCUUUGCAGCUUCCCCCUUUCCAGGAUCUGCCCACCUACAAAGAUACCAAAGCAAACCAAGUUAUCGCUGGAGACGGGCAAGUCCUGCCCAGGCUUGGACAGGGUGUUCCUGUGGCACAUCUUAGGCUUCCUGAUUAUUAUCUGUUCCUUUUCCAAGGUAAUCCUAGACAAGAACUCCUCCCUGUUCUGUUGACUGAAAACUUUCGUAGCACUUUUAUAGCACUUGCUCUUUUCUCUGACCCCACACACAUGGACUGCUUUUAAGACUAAGACUUCAGAAGCACUUAGUGUUCCAGGCUUUCUGGGGCAGUCAACUGGUGACAAGGAAGCUGGGUACUUUCUCAACAACAGUCUUUGGACCUUGAAGCAGACUCUGUAUUCUUUUGCUCAUGCAGCUCCUGAGUUUGUAUAUGAUUGCUGCUAAUUAAUGAAUGCUAGAACAUUUGGAAGUUGAUUAGUAUUGGGAAGAAAGGGAAGGGUUCGCUAAUGGGUUUUCUUGGAUUUUUUAGGGGGUUUUUUGUCAGGAUUUUUCAAGUUCCACCUUGAGUUUUGAGGCUUGGGGUGAACCUACUAGGAGAUCUUGGUAGCUGGGAAUUCCUUUUAAAACCCCUCACUAAUGAUGCAGUUAUAAAAGCAUGGCUCAGGGACUGGCAGCGUAAAGUGCUUAGAACUUACUGGUCUGGUGGCCAUAUCCUGCAAGACUGCUUUUUUUUGUCCCUUAGUUAAAAAAAUAUUGCCCUGCAUGUUACCAAGUAGAGCCACCUGGAGAGGGGACUUCAGCAUGAAACCAAAAUGCCGAAGAGAACUGCUGCUGGCAAAACUAUGAAGCAGUGGUCUUGGCAUGUGGGCAUAUGAUAGGCCUUACUUGAGCUAACAAGCUUAAGCCCUUAGUAGACCUUGAGCUCUUGGAAGUCCUUUGUGAUCAAGCUUGGCUCUUAUGAACUUGUCCCCUGACUCCUCACAAAAUGUCCCAAGACAACCAGGCUGGCGAUAGCAAGCAACCAUAGUAUAAUCCUCUGAAUUAUUUGGGCAAAAGACUAACAGUGUGCCUCUUCCUACCCUGCUGAUCUGUGGGGAGAUCCAGCAUGGAUUUUCUUGUGUCAUUGUAGAUUGAGGAUUGGAGGUAGAAUGAAUACCUCUCAUGAGAGUUUUAUAACUAGCCCUUAGUUGCAUAGGGCUUGCAUCCCUUCUCACUGGAUGCGAGAAACAAAGCAACAGGAAAAGCCUCGUCUAGGCUGCAGCAAAUAAGGAUCAUCCUCCAUUAGGCUGGUCCAGAAUCUGCAAUGGUCACUUUAAGUUAUCCUUUAGCUGAACAGGAACUUGAACCUCUGGGCACUUCUGUCUGCUGACUCCUUAUUUAUCAACAUACACAACUCCAAGAGUGGGCAUUAAGUUGUAACAUUUAUGUCCUGAUGUUUCAAAGUCUAAUCUAAAUUUACCUUUGGGUCAUUCCUCCUAGCUCUGUCACACUUGCUAGACCACAGCCCUUCAGACACCUGGUGCCUUACCUUUCUUUUCUUGUUCUUCACCCUUGACCUCGGCACACAGACUGUUUUCAGUAACAGCUGUGCCACUUGGAGCUCUCGAUUCUUCUUGCAUUGCGCCCAUUAUGGGGAGCCUGACUAUGGGUCAAGUGCCACUGCGUGAUUAGUGUGUGCUGACUUAAGAAAGGACCUUGGAUAUGGGCAGCCUAAAGCUUCCUAAGAUCUGCAUUUCUUAUUGCUUAAAGUUGCAUUUAAACAGAGUAUUACAGCUUUUUCCUUUCUGUGGGAAUGACUUGCAGAGGGAGGGUUUUGGAAAUGUGGUUAUGUUUUGCUUUCAUGAAGUCCAGAAACUUUGUGUUACUGUGGGUAUAGCUUUCUUAGUGACUUACUGGCCUGUUGACAGUACAGCUGGAGGUGGAGUGUCUGUCUUAUCAGAUGCAGCUGAAAGCAAUAAGCUUACAGUCAGGAGUGGUAUGGAAGGGUGGGGGUGGGCUUAUUGCCAAACAAUAGUGACUUGGGUCACACACAGGCAAUCCAGGUAACAUCUUGGUAAUGUGCCCUGGGGGUUCAUUGGCAGAAAACACCAGAGCCUUGCAUGUAUAUGGGCAAGUCUAUGUGGAAAGCAUUGCCUCUGUCCUGAGGCCCUGUGUCCUUGUUCCAUUGACAGCUGUGUGUUGGGAAGGCAUGCCAGAAUCAUGGUAAGCCACAUCAGCAGUGUUCAACUGCAUGAGACCACAUCCUAGGCAAAAAGCAAGGUGGAAAGACUUUCUGGUUUGCACUGACUUCAGAGCAGAAGCUAGAGUGCCCCAAACAGUGUAGACUCCUGGGAUUCACAGUCAUUAUUUGGCAAGGCUUGCUCAUCUUGCUCUGUCUGAUCUUCAGUCUGACUGUUGUUUUCCUUUAGCUGCUGCUUUGGUUGAGGGGGCUUGUGUGGGGUAACAUUACAAAUGAGAUUGUCUCAUUGGUCACCCCAGGUUGUGCUUGGGCGGUUUCUAGGUUGAUUUAAGAGUUGUACUGUUUCAUUUCAACACUUGUAUCAUUUAUCUUUAUUCUCUUUUUGCUGGUUAAAAUCAACGGGCACAAGCACUGGCAUUAAGAGGCAGCACUUCUCAAGCGGGAGCUGUGGGAAUACCCAUCCAUGCAUCCUCUGGGUGUGUAGUAAGCCGUGUUCAUCUCUCGGAUGAGUGGGCCGGCCUAACCUCUACCAGCCUUGUCGAUUCCAAGCCUACUAGGGUGCACCCUGGUCCUGGGGCCCCCAACAUGGCUUUAUGACCAUUUAGCACAUGCAGCCUGUCUUACCAGCAAGCUUCAGCAGUGAAUCCAAUCAUGCAGGUAACAGUACUGCUGUCGUAGCCAGCAGAACAUCAUAGUGGAGUGAUUGCCGGCAGCCUGAUUUCUACCAGCCUGCUAAACCUGCUGGUGGCCCCGACAGCCAAGGAGGCCCUAGAGAAAUAUGGCAGUGCUAUGUUCAACUCGAACACUGCAGUUUAGUCCAAACCAACCUGCUCCCAAAAGCCUGUGACUUUUUUUUUGUGGCUGUUUUAAGAGCUUAUCUUUAGUCCUGGAUGUUCGAUUGGUACCAACCUUUGAGUUCUUCAUUUAAGAAAGCACAAACUUUCAAGAGAAGCCCUUUAUUUCGCCCCCACCCCUUCCUUCUCUCGAGCAUCUCCAAGCUGGGGCGGGGGGGAGGGGAGGGGGUUAUGUGGACACCUCAGGAAGCCAGACCUGUACCUGUGUGCUCUUUGACUUCUGCCUUUGCAGCUGCCUUAGUGGAGUGGGUCAAGUAUCUGUUUUGGUUUUGGAGAACUGUGCUGUUCAACCAAAAUGUAAAAUUGGCAGAUUUUUUUUGUUUGUUUUGUUCUAAAUCCUUUGUGACAACAAUCACUUCCACAUUCCGGAACCUUUGAACUUUACAUGUUACCCCGAAAAUGUUUCACUUGUGUACUGGGACACCUCUCAGCUGCCAAAGUCUGCAUCAGGCUCUCCGGAGCAGACAGCUGCAGAGGAGCAGAUUUGCAACUAGCAAUGCAAUUUUUCUAUAUCUGCUGAGGUUUACCUUUAAAAAAAAUUAUAUAUAUAUAUAAAAUAUAUAGAAACAGUGUCCUUGAUUUUAUUUUUUUUUCUUCUUGUGUUUAAUUUUUUUUGGUCUUUUAUUCUGUGUGGUGUUGAACGGGGGUCAUUGCAAAACAAAAUGUAAUUUUGUUAUCUUUGAUUCAGUGGAAUUUCUUUACUUAAAAAAAUAAAAAUAAAGGACUUUGAGUUCA